AUGCCUCAUUUAACUAAAGUUCGUAGAAGUUGUAAAAAUGCACGUCUUGCAAAAGUAUCCAAGCCAAAUAAACCUAUUCAACAACAAAUACCAACUUUUCAAUUAAUUCCGAUUAAAAAUAAUUCAUUAAACUUAUUAGAAAUUGAAAAUUCAGUUAAUCAACAACAGACUUCAACCUCUCAAUUAACUGCCUUACGAAUAGAACGAAUAAGAAAAGAUUUAAUAACAAAAAUCAAUUACUUAUCUGAAAAAGAACUAAUAGCUAGUUCUCAGUUAUUUAGUAAUAUAGUAUAUAAAACUGGAAUUUAUAAAGGAAAGAUUUUAUCAUCUUACUUGCAGAAAAAAGCCGUAGAGUUAAUAUAUGCAAGUCAAGGAAAAUCUAAUUCUAAUUUUCAAGAAACGAUUAAAUCAUUAAAAGCUGAAAACUUAAAAUUAACAAAAAAAUUAGAUCAUUUAACUCACAAGAUAGAAUCCUUAACACAAAAGCUUCGAUACUUUAAACGAUCUAAAAAUAAGCAUAUAUCUAAAAUUAGAUCUGUU